UAAAAAUAAAAACCUACCCCUCCUUUCCAUGUACCCAAAAUUUGAAUCUCACUUUGUUUCUCUCUAAUGGAUUACAACUUUCCGGCGAGCAACCCCAGUUCAUGUGGUUCAUCCUCCGGCGGCGGCGGUGGAAAAGAGAAGAUGAAAAAGAACAACAACAACAACCACGGCGGAGCCGGGAAGAGGAGCAAAGGGGUUGUGAAGCUAUCGACGGACCCGCAAAGCGUGGCGGCGAGAGAACGGCGGCAUAGAAUCAGCGACCGGUUCAAGAUUUUGCAGAGCUUAGUUCCCGGCGGCACUAAAAUGGACACUGUCUCAAUGCUUGAUGAAGCCAUUCAUUAUGUCAAGUUCUUGAAAACCCAGAUUUGGCUUCAUCAAACCAUGAUUAAUUUCGUUGAUUACGAUUCUAAUUCUUCCGCGGCCGUCUCCACCGCCGCUACUGCCAAUUCCGGUUUCCCUUUUGAACAAAUUGCGAGCGGCGAGUAUAACAACAUGAAUAAUCUUCUCUACCCUCAAAACGACGUGGUUAAAAUGGAAGAGCCUAAUUUCUUGCCUCAGCUUGAUCCCAAUAAUAAUAAUAAUGUUUAUUUUCCUUCUGAUCAUCAAGAUCAAUUCAUCUCCUCAUCUUAUGAUCCUUACAUCAACUUCUAGUGUUUUUUUUUUUUUUUGGGGGGGGGGGGGUUUGUGAUUUGUACUUAAUUAUGUUAAUUACUAUGUAUUUUGCAAAAAAUUAGAGUGGGGUUAAGACUGUUCAUUAUAGUUAUAAUUGGUAAUCACUACAAAUUUGGAGUAACUUUUUCUUUUUGUUCUU